GUUUAUGAGACUUCUACGAUUUCGUUCUUCAUCUUCACCACAUGGAUUUGAUUCAGGACCAUCUAAAUCUGAGGUUACUUUGUCCCAAGGGUCAUUACUUCCUAUAUUACAAAAAACACAUGUGCGGCUUACAAAUCUUCUAGGCGAGGGAUCAAACCUUACUAUACACUGUAAAUCCAAAGAUGAUGAUCUUGGAGUACAUGUACUCCCCUUUAAGGGCUCAUUCGAGUGGUCUUUCAAACCCAAUUUCUUUGUAAAGAAUACACUUUUCUUUUGUAACAUUCAAUGGCAAGGUAAGUCUAUGUACUUCAAUAGUUAUGAUGAAGAGAGGGAUCUUGAUGGUUGCGGUAAAUACUGCUAUUGGGAUGUAACCCUCAAGGGUCCAUGCUUGCUUAAACAUAAAGGUGGUUACGACUUCUGCAGUGACUGGCCAAACAAAAAAAGUGUAGGAAUCAAGGAAGGAGAUGACAAGAAUAUGCCAUGAAG